CCACCAGCUCGGCCCGGAGCUGCCCUCUGCCAGCCGGGGCCCAGUCCAGGAGAGCCCCGGCCCGGCCGGCCCGAGCUGCGGCCCAGGGCCCAUUGUCCGGGGGUCCGUCUGUCCGGAGGCGGGGCCCAGGGACCCGGAGCGCCGCGGAGCGCCAAGGCGCCGGAUACAGAUACCGGGGAUUCAGGCGAGUUUACUUUGCUCCGUGGGAACUGCACCAGAGCUGGAGGUCUGAAAAAGAACUGUGUUUGAUAUGCAGAUAUGAUAGAAGACUGCCUGAAAGCUGCUUCCUUUGCCACUUCCUGUGGAGGCCUGUCUUUGCCAUUUGCGGUUUCUUUCUUCUUUUGGUAAGGGGAGGCAGGAUCUGAUUACAGGUCUGAGGUCCUUUCUAGCUACAUAGAGGAGUUAGUUGGCAUAACAGGAGGUGAGUCUUCACUAACUGGAGUGCAAAGUGUAGAUGGUAGUAAGUAGCCUCUCAUAAUGCCUCUUAAGGCAAUAAACUACAAUUUUAUAUUUGCUUAUUAGUGUGAGUACAAUUUGAGAAGGCAGGAACUGAAAGAAAAGUUAGAGGGUGACCAGAUCCACUUUCUCAUCUUUGGUAGGAAAGAGAAUAUCUCCUUUUAAUCUAUGUCUGUUUAUUCACUCUGUCUUUCAAAGAAAAUUCACAGCUUCCACUACUAAUCCAUUUCGGACUCUCUAACAACACUUAAUGCUGGGAAAGCCUUUCUUAUAACUAACCAGGAACCUCUAGGCUUAAGUAUCUGUUCUCUCCUAUUUCAGGGAAGCAGGUGCAUGUCUCUGCAGCACUUCUCAUUUGGGGACCUUUUCUCUUUGUUCUUCCCACUCUUUGCUACAAGAGGCUGGAUUGAGAAGAGGCACUAAAGUUAUUAACUUUGACCACCACUCGGGAGCAUGUGAGCAGGGUCAGGUUGACGUUCCACAUUGAGGUAUUGAAUUAGUACCCAACAAUGUGUAUGGCACCUGGCUCUUCUGGUAAAAGCCCAUCUUCAACAGGAAGUCUGAUUUGCUUUAGUGCCCUGUCAUCCACAGUGCCUAGCACUGUGCCUGCAUCCCUAGGUAGAGGCUCUAUUUCCCAUGUUUCAUUUACAGAUGCCCAGAAGUUUUGAGAUAUUUCUUGUCUCACAGGGAUGUGGUGCCUUCGUCACCUCUAGGAGAGAUAACUUCUUGAAAAAAACAUCUGGAGGUUCUCAUUGGUGCAGAUUGCAGGGCUUGACUUCCAGAGGGCAUGUGACAUAUGAGCUGCCACCCUGUUUAGCUUCCUUUGCUUCCUUUUACAAUUCAUGAGGGUUAUCCCUUUGAGCGUAUGGUGCUUCUAACGCUGGUUGCCUGAGUUUUUUUGCUUCCUUUUCUACCCUCUGAGCUUGAUCAUGAACACUUAACAGUAUUAUGGAUUCCAGAGUUGGAUUUAGAGUGGAAUUCUCUAAAUCCUUUGGAAUUCUCUCUGAAACUUCUUGGGACCUUAAAGUGUGCUAGAGAUUUAUUCAUUUCUUUCUUUCUUUAAGAAGUUCAAUGAUUUAUAACUGGUGAGUUUUAUAUAUACUCAAAAACUAUUUUAAAAAGUCUCUCAUCUUUUAAUUGUGUAUAAUUUAUGAGCAAAAUGACAUGUGCUAACAUUAUCCUUUUUUUUGUAGGUCAGCACCUUGCAAGGAGGUAGUAACAUCCAGUUGUGAAACUGGGAAAAGCCAGAGCUCUUGGAUCAGGGAAACAUGUCCCGUCGGAAACAGACAAAUCCAAAUAAAGUUCACUGGGAUCAAGUAUUUGCUGGGCUAGAAGAGCAAGCCCGCCAGGCGAUGAUGAAAACUGAUUUUCCUGGAGACCUUGGCAGUCAGCGACAAGCUAUCCAACAACUAAGAGAUCAGGACUCCAGUAGCAGUGACAGUGAGGGUGAUGAAGAGGAGACCACACAAGAUGAAGUCUCUUCCCAUACAUCAGAGGAAGACGGAGGGGUGGUCAAAGUGGAAAAAGAGUUAGAAAAUGCAGAACAGCCUGUUGGUGGGAACAGUGUGGUAGAGCAUGAGGUCACGGAGAAUUUGAAUUCCGACCCCUUACUUGGACUCUGCCAGUGUCCCCUCUGCCAGCUGGACUGUGGGAGUCGGGGGCAGCUAAUUGCGCAUGUGUACCAGCACACUGCAGCAGUGGUGAGCGCCAAGAGCUACAUGUGUCCUGUCUGUGGCCGGGCCCUUAGCUCCCCCGGGUCAUUGGGUCGCCACCUCUUAAUCCACUCGGAGGACCAGCGGUCUAACUGUGCUGUGUGUGGAGCCCGUUUUACUAGCCAUGCCACGUUUAACAGUGAGAAACUUCCUGAAGUCCUUAAUAUGGAAUCCCUACCACCAGCCCACAGUGAGGGCCCCUCCAGUGCUGAGGGGAAGGACAUUGCCUUUAGUCCUCCAGUGUACCCUGCUGGAAUUCUGCUUGUGUGCAACAACUGUGCUGCCUACCGGAAACUGCUAGAAGCCCAGACCCCCAGUGUACGCAAGUGGGCCCUGCGUCGACAGAACGAGCCUUUGGAAGUCCGGCUGCAGCGGCUGGAACGAGAGCGCACAGCCAAGAAGAGCCGGCGGGACAAUGAGACCCCCGAGGAGCGGGAGGUAAGGCGCAUGAGGGACCGAGAAGCCAAGCGCCUGCAGCGCAUGCAGGAGACAGACGAGCAGCGGGCACGCCGGCUGCAGCGAGAUCGGGAGGCCAUGAGGCUGAAGCGGGCCAAUGAAACCCCGGAGAAGCGGCAGGCCCGGCUCAUCCGGGAGCGGGAGGCCAAGCGGCUCAAGAGGAGGCUGGAGAAAAUGGACAUGAUGUUGCGAGCUCAGUUUGGCCAGGACCCUUCUGCCAUGGCAGCCUUAGCAGCCGAAAUGAACUUCUUCCAGCUACCUGUGAGUGGGGUGGAGUUGGACAGCCAGCUCCUGGGCAAGAUGGCCUUUGAAGAGCAGAACAGCAGCUCUCUGCACUGAACCACACCCUCCUGCCUGCCUUCCCACUCAGCCGUCCCCAGGGUCCUGUCCUUGCUGCUGGAGGCAGGCCCGAGUUUGUUGCAGGUGGACCUGUGUACCCCUUGCAUAUGGGAGCAGGAUGAUGGGGUCAGGAGGGACCCAGCUCAAGGCAGCUCUGGAUGAGGGAGCAGGCACUCCAGACACCUUGACUCCCCAGCCCACUGCUGCAGGGCAUGAGCAUAGGACUCUGGGGCCCUAGUGUGGCCCACACCCACCCCACGGAGUUGUGAGGGCUAAUAAAUUAAUUUUAUCUUUACUGGC